UGUAGAGAUAUCUAGAAAGCCGCUUUUGCAAAAAGGGGACGCGGUUUCCCCUCGCUGCGAUCGUCUCGUGGGCUCUCGACACAGGCCGCUCGAUCUCGGAGUGCGCACAUAUUCGCAGCGCAGACUCCGGCCGCAGAAGAGGGAACCGACCGUAGGUGCACGAACAGAUGCUCGCUGAGGAGAAGCCGCCGGGCUCGCCGUCCCAGGUCGAACCGGUGCAGAGCGCGGAUGAGAAGGUUUUAGAGGCGUUCGAGCGCUGGUCGGGAAACGGCUUUCAGGGACUGUCGGAAGUGAGCGAUCCGUCGGAGCUGAUCACACGAUUAUCAGACUGGCUCCGAACGACUUGUCCCCCGGCCGAUGUGCCCAACGACGUCAAGUUGCGGGAGUGGCUCUGGGAGCUAGGAAGGUCUUUUCCUACAUUUGGGUCGUGGUUGAUGGACAAGCUGAAAGCCAAUAUCCUGCGCGAAACGCCUGUUCCACUUAGUAGCCGUCAGACUCCGUCCUUCUGUACGGCUCCAGCUGCCGAGUUGCAACCCGAGCCUUCUCCCUCAGCCCUACCACCGCGACCGUCGUCCCAUCCGGUAGCAGUCCCUGGACCGUCGCGACGUUCAAUUUCCACAUCGAUUGAGAGCUCGCCCCGCCAAUAUCCGGAAUCCCUAAAUAUGAAUCUAAACGUCAACAUUGCCAACAAUCCCGCUAGCGGUCCCACUAGUCCCACGUACCCGCCCGCGUCGUAUUAUCUUGGUCCAAAAAAUCCGAGCAGACGAGAGGAGAAAAUGCCAGCCCAUUAUGGGCACCCCCCGCACCCCUCUCAUCAGCAUCCAUCCGGGGCAGGUACAAACUCAUACCUGACAGGCGGCGACGACAGCGACCCAUCUAGUGGCACCGCAGGAGCCUCAUCCUCAUCCUGGCAUCCCCGCACCACAUCUCCCUCGCACUCAAACCCGCAUUUCGGCCCAUCUACCCCCAUCCCAGCCCCCACCCUCCGCACCGGCAUCAACCUCUUCUCCUCCACCCUCGACGCCUACGCCCGCUACGGCGGAACCUGGUCCACCCUCAUCGCCCACAACACACCCCAACCCCAACCACCACCCCUCCACCCCCUCUCCGAAUGCCACCAAACCAACUGCGCAGGCACCUCCUCAUCCACCCCACUCUUCUGCGCCCACCAACGCGCCCUCAUCCUCCCGCGCGAAUGGGCCUCCUACGACGUGGAGGAGAUCUUCGACCGCAUGGUCGCGUCCCAGAGGGAGCUGGAGGAGGUGAUUGCGACGCCCUUGGGUCGGCUGGGGGUUGUGCCGGAGGGAAGUGUCAACGCGGUCGUGGAUACGUUACGGGGCGUGGAGGAGGAGGAGGGUGGGAGUGGGAGUGGGAACGAGAGUGCGCUGUUGGGGGGAAGGAGGAGUCGGACAGUUAGCUGUUAUAGUCGGUGGACUAUUUGUUGAGGGUUGGGGUGCUGUGUUGCACCGAAUUUUUUUGGAGCGGUGGUUGGGUUUGGGGCUGGGGUUGGGGCUGGAAUCGUAAUGAAAGCGAGAGGGCAAUUGGGCUGCAUGUGUUUUCGCGACACACGACCCCAUGGCUCGAUGUCUAGUUCCCCCAUCAAUAUAUGUA